UUCUACUCAGAACUGGUCCUUGAACAGAACUCUUAUAUUUUUACAGUCCGCAACCCAGAAAUCGACACAACACAACCGUGUGACAGGAUCUUGAAGGGCAAGGUCGAAAGGUGAUGAUGGAGAUGGAGAUGGAGAUGGACGAAACUUCUGAACCCAAAGAGGAAAAGCCCGUUUUGGUGAUCUUAGUGGGAGCACCGGGAAGCGGGAAAUCCACCUUCUGUGAACAAGUUAUGCGUUCCUCUUCUCGCCCUUGGGUUCGCGUUUGCCAGGACACUAUUGGAAAUGGUAAAGCAGGAAAUAAAGCCCAGUGCCUAACCAGUGCAACUAGAGCAUUGAAGGAUGGAAAGAGUGUAUUUAUUGACCGGUGCAAUCUUGACAGAGAUCAGCGCUUAGAUUUCAUGAAGCUUGCUGAUGGACCCCAAAUAGAUGUCCAUGCAGUUGUACUUGAUCUUCCUGCUAAGCUUUGUAUUUCUCGAUCUGUAAAACGAACUGGGCAUGAAGGAAAUCUGCAGGGUGGAAAAGCUGCUGCAGUUGUGAAUAGAAUGCUUCAAAAGAAAGAGAUGCCAAAAUUAAGUGAAGGUUUUAACCGAAUAACAUUUUGUCAGAGUGACAGUGAUGUCAAAGAUGCCAUUAAUACUUACAGCACGCUAAAGCCACUGGAUAAUCUUCCACAUGGCUGCUUUGGCCAAAAGAAUCCAGAUUCCAAAAUUCAAGUCGGUAUAAUGAAGUUCCUUAAAAGAGCAGAGGUCCCAGUUAAUGCUGCAUCUGGAGAAAAGGGCACUGAAGAAUCCACUUCUGAGACACCGGGAAAAAAUGAUACCUGCUGCAAAGAUAUGGAAAAGAUUCCCUCAAUUCCACCUGAUGCCAACUUAGAGUCAAAGGAAAUAGAAGAUCAAGCUGUUGGCUCUGCUGGCUCCCAUGCCAAUCGAGUUUCUCUGGAUGAUACUCCCACUCUGGCAUUUCCAUCUAUUUCAACAGCUGAUUUCCAAUUCAACUAUGAGAAAGCAGCUGAUAUUAUUGUUGAGAAGGUUGCAGAGUUCUCAAAUAAGCCGUGGAAUGCCAGACUUGUUCUAGUUGACUUGACUCAUAAGUCAAAGAUUCUGUCCUUAGUUAAAGCUAAAGCAGCAGAGAAAUGCAUUGACACCCAAAAGUUCUCUACCCAUGUUGGAGACAUUACUCGUCUUCAUUCCACAGGAGGUUUGCGCUGUAAUGUAAUAGCUAAUGCUGCCAACUGGCGGUUAAAACCUGGAGGUGGAGGUGUUAAUGCAGCAAUUUUUAACGCUGCAGGUCCUGAGCUAGAGUCUGCAACUAAAGAAAAAGUAAAAUCUCUUUCACCUGGGAAUGCUGUUGUUGUCCCUCUACCACCAUCUUCUCCCUUGUUCACUAGAGAGGGUGUAACCCAUGUAAUACAUGUUCUUGGACCUAAUAUGAACCCACAACGACCAAAUUAUCUGGAUAAUGAUUAUAAUAAAGGCUCUAAAAUUCUCCAAGAUGCUUAUGCUUCACUAUUUGAAGGUUUUGCAUCUAUUGUGAGGAACCAAGCAGAGCAACCUAGUGGAAGAAAUGAAAACCUUGAAAGAAAGUUCUUGGAGUUGAAGGAUCAAUCAGAACACUGCUCUAGAAAUCAUUUCACAAACACUGUUCAAAAGAGUAAGAGAGAUUCUUAUCAUGGGUCGGAAAAAAGCAAGAAAUACAAGGAAACUCAGGAUGGUUUUGGAGUGGCCUUUACUGAUUCUAAUGUUGAAAAGGCAGAUUCAGAGCAUAGAAGAACUGAUGUGAGCAAGAGUAAAGCCUGGGGAUCAUGGGCUCAAGCUCUUCACCAAAUAGCUAUGAAUCCUGAAAAGCAUAAGGAUGAUUUGCUUGAAAUAUCAGAAGAUGUUGUUGUGUUGAAUGAUCUGUAUCCUAAGGCAAAGAAGCAUGUUCUGGUAUUAGCACGAACUGGAGGUCUUGAUUGCCUGGCAGAUGUCCAAGGUGCUCACCUUCAGUUAUUGAAGACAAUGCAUGCUGUGGGUUUAAAGUGGGCUGAGAAGUUCUUGCACGAGAGUGCAUCACUGGUCUUUCGCCUUGGAUAUCAUUCGGCUCCAUCAAUGCGGCAACUACACUUGCAUGUUAUCAGCCAGGACUUCGAAUCAAAACAUUUGAAGAACAAGAAGCACUGGAACUCGUUUAACACUGCUUUCUUUCGUGACUCGGUAGAUGUAAUUGAUGAGGUUGAGGUCUCUAAUCAUGGAAAAGCAGCACUGAAAGAUGAUGAUAAGCUCAUGUCUAUGGAACUGAGGUGCCACAGAUGUAGAAGUGCACAUCCAAAUAUUCCGCGGUUAAAAUCACAUAUUAGCAGCUGCCAAGCUCCCUUUCCCUCUUACCUACUUGAAAAUGGACGUUUGAUGCAUGCACCAGGUGAACCCCACAACAAUUUAUAGUAUUACAGGUUUUUGAGUUAGUUUUUUCAGUACCCUGAGGUAAAAUCCCCAUUGUGUAGAUAAAGACUGAAGACUUUUUGCAAUCUAUAGAGAAUGUUUAUUUUCA